AUGACGAAGGUAAUUGGGUUGGCCGACAUAUCCAAAGCCGAAUACCCCAGUCACCAGCACAUGCACGAGUGGUUCCUCUUCUCCGACCUCUCCAAACCCGGAUCCGACCACCUCGGAUCCCCCGUUAUUAAAGUCACGGACCCGGAGGAAGCCGACCUUUUGUACGUUCCCGUAUUUUCUUCCUUGAGCUUGAUUGUUAACGCGGGUCGCCCUCCCGGUUCUGGGUCGGAUUACAGCGACGAGGAAAUGCAGAACCAGCUGGUGGAUUGGCUCAAGGGGCAGGAGUAUUGGAAGAGGAAUAACGGGUGGGAUCACGUAAUUAUUGCCGGGGAUCCCAAUGCGCUUUAUCGGGGCGUGGAUCAUGUCAAGAACGCUGUGUUGUUGGUUUCGGAUUUUGGGCCAGAUCAAGGGUCAUUGGCGAAGGAUGUCAUAAUUCCUUAUUCGCAUCGGAUCAGUGCUUAUACAGGAGAUUUGGGAGUGAAAGACAGGAAGACCUUGCUAUUUUUCAUGGGAAAUCGGUACAGAAAAGAGGGAGGAAAAAUUCGUGAUUUGUUUUUCCAAAUACUCGAAAACGAGGAAGAUGUUGUAAUUAAACAUGGAACUCAAUCCAGAGAGAAUAGAAGAGCAGCAUCACGUGGGAUGCACACAUCAAAGUUCUGUUUGAAUCCUGCCGGAGAUACUCCAUCAGCUUGCAGACUCUUCGAUUCCAUAGUUAGCUUGUGUGUCCCUGUGAUAAUCAGUGAUAGCAUCGAGUUGCCCUUUGAAGAUAUUAUAGACUACAGAAAGUUUUCUGUAUUUGUUGAAACUACAACUGCCCUAAAAGCAGGGUAUCUUGUUUCACUGCUGAGAAAAGUACCUGAAGAGCUUAUAAUUGAAUAUCAGAAAGCAAUGAAAGAGGUGAGGCAGUACUACGAUUAUACUCAUCCAAAUGGAACGGUUAAUGACAUAUGGCGACAAGUCUCACAAAAGCUGUCCCUGAUCAAACUUAUGAUUAAUCGUGACAAACGGGUCAUUAAGAGGGAGUUGAGUGAACCUGAUUGCUCUUGUCUUUGUUCGAACUGGACCGGAAUUAUAAGCUCCUUGUGAUAACAUCAUGUUUUGCUGAUCCUUAAAGUUCAUUUCA